AUGUCGUUCAGUCAAACGAGACCUCAGACAUCACAGCUGGUGGAGCUCCAUGUUUUUUAUGUCCCAGAAGAAGUGUGGAACUUCAAGCUGAAUACAGUUCCUGUAGCUCUUAGUAGCAAAUUCAUCUCGGCCGGAUUUAUAAGGGUGUCUCCUCACAUCACACUAAGGGUGCUACGGGAGAAGCUUGGAGAGUACCUGGGUGGAGUUGCAGUUGCAGAUAAAUUCAAAUUCUUAAAAUGCAUUGGGAAAAAACUGGCAGUGGUGAAAGCAAAGCAAGAAACAGAACUGGAACUGAAGUCAUUUGCUCCUCCUUACGCACUUUACCCUGAAUUAUAUUUAUUACCUGGAGUGGAAUACUUUGAAGAUGUUUAUCCAUUACCAUCAUCAACUCAACAAAGACACCACUUUAAUACAGAAGCGAAUAGGUUUGGUCGUGGAUCAAGAUUAUCCAGCCUUCCCCCACAAAAAACUGAGAAAAGCGAACAGUUUUUGGAAAGCAUACAAAGCAGUCAUCAGCUGGAAAGUCAGCAAGUGCACGGGCCUGUGGAAUGGGGCGAGAAAGAACCCGUUCCAGUUUUGCACACAAAAGGUGAGCAAGACCGUGACAACAGGACUCAAGAUAAACAGAUACAGUUUCGAGAAAAAGAUCAAAAUGGAUCCAGUGGAUCUCUCUUCCCACCAAGUCAUUCAAAUCCUGCAGAUCGGGAGUCUGGCAAGAGUGAUCUGGUAUUACAGAGCUCUCGGCAAAAUCGCUUCGUCCAAGAUCAAAAAGAGCUUAACGCUCCUAAGUGGAAUGGCAAAGCCAAAGGAACUGCUCUCACUCGUCAUGUAGACCACAGUGAUGAACAAGGCCAAGAACUAACAAACGUGGAAAAUAACGACCACCAAAAAGAUACCAAACUAAGAAGAGACAGAACGCAGGAUGCUGGAAUUGUUAAAAUAAUGGAAGACCAAACCACAGAAUAUGUAUGCAAGAAACAAAGCUUGCAGCAAUGCAGGACUAGCAAGUCUGUAGCCGAUCCUGGUGAAAAACUGGAUUAUCAGGCAGAUGGAAACAAGCAAAAUCAUCGUACUUGUCCAAAAGAAUAUAUUUCGCCUCCUAGUCCACCUUUUCUGGCACUUUCUGUAAAUCCAGCUCGAGUUCCUGCAAUGCAGGCAGCGAAAAACAAGAUGGUAGAACAGUUGCAACAAAUGAAGACAGACAGAAGGCACAUGGAGAAAACAAGAGAAGAACUGAUCAAAAAAGCAAAAGGGCUGCUGGAACAAAACAAGCUGAGGAGAUACCAUGUUCGUGAGGAAUGGAAAAAGAAGUACUUUGAAGCUAAGAAAGCUACCGUUUCGCUGGAGGACGCUUUAAACAAACUGCGACAAGAGUUAGAGCUUUACCACCAGAAAUUACUCUUGCAAUUGGAAGCCAGAGCUGGCCGAAAGCGACUAAACAAUACGACAAACUCCAAGAAUUACACAAUCAUCCGGAUUACUACAGUGCAGCAUGAACUUGAUCAACUGAGGAGGAAGCUGGAUGAUACAAAAAUGAAACUCAUAAUAGAAAUUAAGAUGAGAAAGCAGGCAGCGUCUGAUUUACGAGCGCUGAGAGCGGAACUGACACAGAAGAAGAUUCAUUCAGCUUUAAUUCUCCAGUCCAGAAAAUCAGGAAUUUAA